CCGAGCUGCGCGGGACUGGCCGUCGGGGUCCCGGGACGGCGAACCCCGGGGAGCGCCCAUGCCAUGGAGAAGCUGGCGGCCGGGCUGGCCGGGCUGCGCUGGAGCAUGGGCGCUUUCCCGCUGGACCUCAUCGUCAGCCGCUGCCGCCUGCCCACGCUCGCCUGCCUCGGACCAGGAGAGUAUGCUGAGGGAGUCAGUGAACGAGACAUCCUGCUGAUCCACUCCUGCCGCCAGUGGACUACAGUGACUGCCCACACCCUGGAGGAGGGCCACUAUGUCAUUGGGCCCAAGAUUGACAUCCCCCUGCAGUACCCAGGCAAAUUCAAGCUCCUGGAGCAGGCUCGGGACGUGCGGGAGCCUGUGAGAUACUUCAGCAGUGUGGAGGAGGUGGCCAGUGUCUUCCCUGACCGAAUCUUCGUGAUGGAAGCAAUCACCUUCAGUGUCAAGGUGGUGUCAGGCGAGUUCAGCGAGGACAGCGAGGUGUACAACUUCACACUGCACGCAGGCGACGAGCUCACUCUCAUGGGCCAGGCGGAGAUUCUGUGCGCCAAGACGACCAAGGAGCGCUCGCGCUUCACCACGCUCCUGCGCAAGCUGGGCCGUGCAGGGGCCUUGGCCGGAAUCGGCGGCCCCGGGAGCAUGGGGGCAACAGGGGGUGGCGGUGGGGCCGCCAGGCCCGUCAAAAGCAAGAUGCCCUGUCUCAUCUGCAUGAACCACCGCACCAACGAAAGCCUGAGCCUGCCCUUCCAGUGCCAGGGCCGCUUCAGCACGCGCAGCCCACUGGAGCUGCAGAUGCAGGAGGGCGAGCACACGGUGCGCGCCAUCAUCGAGCGCGUGCGGCUGCCGGUGAACGUGCUGGUGCCCAGCCGGCCGCCGCGCAACCCCUACGACCUCCACCCGGUGCGGGAGGGUCACUGCUACAAGCUGGUCAGCAUCAUCUCCAAGACGGUGGUGCUGGGGCUGGCGCUGCGCCGCGAGGGCCCGGCGCCGCUGCACUUCCUGCUGCUUACCGACACGCCGCGCUUCACUCUGCCGCAGGGUCUGCUGGCCGGGGACCCGCGCGUCGAGCGCCUGGUGCGCGACAGCGCCUCCUAUUGCCGCGAGCGCUUCGAUCCGGACGAGUACUCCACUGCCGUGCGCGAGGCGCCCGCGGAGCUCUCCGACGACUGCGCCAGCCCGCGCCAUGCGCGCCUCUGCCUGCCCGCGCCGCGCGCCCCCGGGGCCGUCCGCGCGCCCGGACCGCCGGGUCGCCUGGGUCCCGCCUUGCCCGCGCCGAGCGACAGCGACCAGGAUUACGUGAGUCCCGAUUGGGCGGGUGCGCCGGAGCCAGCGGGCGGCUGCGCCGAGAUCCCUUACGAAGAGUUGUGGGUGCACCAAGCCCCGGAGAGCCGCGCUGACGCCCGUGCACGGCCGCUAGCGGGGCCGGACCUCAUCUCCUUCGGGAUCGUGGGGUCCCCACGGCAUGAGCCAGAGGCACCACCGCCUCCUGUCCCUCCCAAAUCCGAGGCGGUGAAGGAAGAGUGCCGCCUGCUUCACGCCCCUCCAGUGCCUCCUAGGGGGGGCGGCAGCUGCAGCAAGCUCACAGGCAGCCCUCCGGUGCUGCCCCACUUUCCCAAGCUGCAGCCUGUCCACUCGCCCAGCUCCAGUCUCUCCUACUAUUCCUCUGGCCUGCAGGAUGGGGCAGGAUCCCGCAGUGGCAGUGGCUCCCCGUCACCGGAUGCAUACUCUCUCUAUUGCUACCCUUGCACCUGGGGAGACUGUAAAGCCAGCGAGUCCUCUAGUCGCCCGCCACCUGGACCCCUGCCUUCUACCACCACCCAGCCCAGCCAGGCCUCAAGAGGCCUAGCAGAGCCCCUGAGUGGUCGAACCCCCUCCCUCUUGGGGGCUGACACUCCAGUAGUUAAGAACUACCAUAGCUGCCCACCUGUGUUCAAGUCCUCUCGUCCCCAGAAGUCCUUUGCUCCCUUUGGUGCACUCAACCCCUUCUCUGGGCCUGCCCACCCUUCAGGUGCUCCAGCGGCCUCCUCCUCUGGGUCCAUAUCCACCUCGGGUGUCCUGGCUACCUCCAGCCCCACACACUCCCCAGGCCCAGGCCCAGGCCCAGGCCCAGGCCCACAAGGCCAAGGUUACUCAGCUGCUCCUUCCUCCUCCUUGUCAUCCUCUGAGUGGCAGGAGCCAGCGCUGGAGCCCCUGGACCCAUUUGAGCUGGGGCAGGCCAGUCCUCCUGAGCUGGAGCUAGUGCGCUGUCAGGAGCCCAGAGCUGUGGGGGCACCUGGGUCAGGACCUUGCCUUUCACCACUUGGUCAGCCCAAGGCCUUUGAGCCUGAAGGUUUGGUGCUGAGGCAGGUCCCUGCCUCACUGUCACCAGCUGCCUUGCAGGGGCCUGAGGCAGGAGGAACCCUACUCUUUCUCACCCAAGGGUGCCUGGAAGGGCCUCCUGGCAGCCCCCGGGAGGGAGCCACAGGUGCUGGGGUCCGGGAUGCCUCCUCCUGGCAGCCUCCAGCAGACUUGUCAGCACUCUCCCUGGAAGAGGUCUCCCGUAGUCUGCGCUUCAUCGGGCUCUCAGAGGACGUGGUGAGCUUCUUUGCCCGAGAACGCAUUGACGGAAGCAUCUUUGUGCAGCUCAGUGAAGACAUCCUGGCUGACGACUUCCAUCUCACCAAGCUUCAGGUCAAGAAGAUCAUGCAAUUCAUCAAAGGUUGGAGACCCAAGAUCUGAACCAUCCAGCCAGGUGCUGCACAGCCUCAGCUUUGGAAGCAGAGGCCCCGUGGGGUUAACUUGGGUCUGCCAGAAACAGUGCUCCCUGCAGGGAAAAUCUGGGCCAGACCCUGCAGGAGCUUGCCUUGCCUUUGAGGAGGAGGCAUUGCUCUGCAGGUGCCCUGGUGAGGCUUAGUGCCAUCCCCACAGCAGGGUAAAGGUGGUGCGUAUGUCAUCGGGUGGCUUUGCGCUGGGAGAACGCCAUUCUCUGCCCUGCUACAGCCUUUCACACAUACACACACACACACACACACACACACUUCUCGGCCCUGUAUGUUCAGGUGAGAGACAAGGGAGAUGCCUCAUCAUUUUCAGCCAUGUCCCCAAAGUGCCCUCUCUUUCACGCUCUGUGGUCUUUGGCUUGCAGCUGUUCAGAGUUAGGGAUGUCUGUCUGUGAGGUACCCCUUGCCCUGGUGAAUCAGUUACAGACAGGCCUAUGUAGCACCAGAGUCCUUGUUCCGACGUCAUCACAAAUAGCCUGUUGUUUUCCACAGGGCAGUCUGAGGAACUAAGCCCUGAGGGAGAGGAGCCAGAUGUAGGUCAGACACCUCCAGCCUACCAGUCUCUUGCCAUUAGCUUUGGCUCUGAUGGGCUCUUGGUGGCCUCCUUGGUGUGUCACUGGUACAGGACAGCAAGUGGCUCCGAAAGGCUGCUUGCUCCUGAGCUCAGCCACCAACUUAUUCACAUGGUUCAGAGCAGAUCUUUGUACUCUUCAGUCUCAAGUAUGGUGAUCUGUUUGACAGUAGAGGUCUGGCUAAUGUGCACCCUCACCCUCAUUCUCCAGCACCUCUAACAAGAGGUGCUCACACUCACGCCUCCAGCGUCAGGGCCCAGAGAUAGCAGCUUUCUUGUCUGCCUUCCCUGGCCUACCUAUUUAUUUCUUGUGUUUUAUGAAUAGUUAAGCCCUGCCCAUCUGUGCCUUUCAGACGGAAACACAGAAACCUAGGCUGUGCCGUUUGUCUUCUCAUAGUUGUUUAAUGAAACCUCAAGGAAUAUGGAAAUAAAGGCUAGACCCUGGAGUGGUGAAAGAGUAGGGCCCUGGGUGUUGGCUGAUUCUUUCUGUGGAAGGCCAUGAGGACCAAGGAUGUGUCUCUAAGCAGGGAAGAAUUCUAGAAUGGUAUGUGUAGCCUAUGGUUAUACCCUAGAUACACAUGGGGGCAGUCCUCACUGUGGCCUGUAAAACCCUAUC